AUGAAAUUCUCAAUCACCUCAGUACUUUCCUUCAUGGCCCUGGCGGCCUCUGCAAACGCUGCUCUUAACCCCAUUGAGGUCAAGGGCAAUGCCUUUUACGACUCUGUAUCAGGCUCCCGCUUCUACAUUCGAGGCGUCGAUUACCUCCCUGGUGGAGCUUCAAACUUUACCGACCCACUUUCUUCAUCCGACACUUGCACACGCGAUAUUGAAUACUUCAAGGAACUGGGUAUCAACACAAUCCGUGUCUACUCUGUCGACAACUCAGCCGACCACAAGGACUGCAUGGAAAAACUUGAUGAUGCUGGAAUCUACCUCAUUCUUGACGUGAAUACCCCUAAAAACUCUAUCUCCCGUUCAGACCCUCAAGUCUCUUACAAUACCGCAUACCUCCAACACGUCUUUGCUACCAUUGACGCAUUUGCCAGCUAUGACAAUGUCCUUGGCUUCUUUGCUGCAAACGAGGUUAUCAACAAUGAAAAUACUACCCAGGCUGCUCCCUAUGUCAAGGCUGUUGUCCGUGACAUGAAGACAUACAUGGCUGCACAAAAUCUGCGUGCCAUCCCUGUCGGUUACUCUGCCGCCGACAUUUCCGCAAACAGAUACCAACAGAUUCAAUACUUUAACUGUGGUGACGAUGAGACUGCUCGUAUUGACAUGUUUGGCAUGAAUGAUUACUCAUGGUGCGGCAACUCUUCUUACACCGUUUCAGGCUACGAUCAAAAAGUUGAACAAUAUUCAAACUACACUAGACCCUUGUUUUUGUCUGAAUUUGGAUGCAACAAGGUCGAGCCCCGGCCCUUUGGCGAAAUCGAGUCCAUCUAUUCCACAAAUAUGACGGGCGUUUUUUCUGGCGGUUUGGUCUAUGAGUAUUCUGAGGAAGAAAACAAUUACGGCUUGGUCUCCAUUUCUUCUUCAGGCACUAUUACUGAGAAACAGGAUUUCGUAAACCUUAAAAAUGCAUUUGCCAGUGUUUCCGAUCCCUCUGGCGAUGGCGGUGCCAAGGAUGAUGAUUCACCUGCUGUUUGCCCUGAAAUGGAAGAAGGUGUCUGGGAAGUCAACCCCCUUGCUGGUCUACCCGUCAUGCCCGAACGUGCUUCUGCCAUGCUUGUGUCUGGUGCCGGUGAUCCCAGUGGCACCAAUGAACCCCCCACUCAAUAUGGUGACAGUGGUGAUCAGUCUGAUGAUUCCAAUUGGGACUAUAGUCCUACCACUGCUGCUGCCUCUGGAUCUUCUACUUCCUCUGGAUCUUCGUCCUCUUCUGCUUCCUCUGGAUCUUCUGCUUCUUCUGGAUCCUCUUCGUCGUCCUCUGCUAGUGGUAGUGCAACUUCUAAGUCUGCCGCUAAUCCUGGUGCUGUCAACAAUCUCCCCUCAAUGACCUCUUCGGUCGUCAUGUUGCCCCUGGCCGUUAUUGUUAGCUCGCUACUUUUUGGCUUUGCUUCUGUUGUUGUUGUUUAA